AGGACUGCAGUGGCUCGUUCACGGUCUUUGGGUGGAUGUACACAAGUUAGCGAAGAGCCAUACAGCAGUCUUUUGUUGUCAAAGAUUAGUGUAAUACCUAGUAUUUGUAUGCUACAUGGUGAAAAUUCUGGAAACGCCACAACAGAGCUCACAUUAAACAAACGCGAUAUCACAGGUGAUCGUGUGUUGAAUAUUUUGAUUAUUUCACCUGAACGAAUCAUGCCUGUUCGUUGUACGAGCUUGACCUCCGACGGAAGUUUUCCUCCAUCGCCGACUGAUGAUAGCACUUCUAAACGUCUUUCCUGGGGGAAGUUGGUGCAAAAAUUAACGGAGUUCAGCGGGGCGAGCUUCAAUCAUAGCGUUGACUCCGACUCUGAUAGUUGCAGCCGGAGUGAUUGUUCAGAUUCUGGGUCGGACUUCCUGUCUGAUGUUUCCACUAGCGAUUCUGAUAUGUUCUACGACCCCAUGGAAGAGACACUAUGUGAGGAGGUUGUGGAGCUUAUUUCAAGCAGUCUGUCAGAUGCCAAGGACGGGCCCUUAAAAUGUUCCAAACUCCUCAUUCCGCAUCAGCUCUUGGAGCACAUCGGCCAAGAACUUCGUCACCUAGCAGCAAGUGAGCCCUGCGGCCUGCGGGGGGCGCUGAUCGACCUGUGUGUGGAGCAGGAGGACAUCUGUCGCAGCGUAGAGCAAAUAGCUGUGGACCCAUACCUCGUUCCCACAUUCCAGCUCACGCUAGUGCUUAGGCUGGAAUCCGAAGGACUGUGGCCCAAGAUCCAGGGCCUCUUUGCCGCACGGGCGCACUCUACCCCAACCGUGAAACAUGCCCUGAAACUUAGUACUGGAUUCAGAGUGAUCAAAAAGAAACUCUAUAGCUCUGAAGAGCUGCUCAUUGAAGAAUGUUGAUGCCAGGGUACUUAACCACAGCCAAGUGACAGUAGAAUAAUUGGCAUGGCUGAUGAUACUUAUUGCCUUGGAUAGCUUGUGAAUACUGCUCAUCUGGGCAUGAGCUCAAUGUGCCAUUUGUAACGAUAGUCCAGCGGGCUAUUAUUUGACUUAUGUUUACUGCUGUUCUGUUCUUGUGGUUUGUGAAAUGGGCCUGUUACAUUCCCAUGUCUAUGAUCACUGGAUGAGUUUCCAUAAGCGCUCUAAGAUCUAGGGUAUCUGUUUUAGUCAACACUUCUGAUUUUAUAGGUUCAUGAAAAAGAAGUAUGUUUAUUGGUAAGCAUUUAAUGAUAUUCACUGAUAAGCAGCACUCUAGGUACUGGAGUAGAUUCUGCACUUCUGCAAACGGUUGUAAAAGACUAAGAGCAAUGUAAAUGGUGCUUUUUCAUCUUUUGAUCUAGGAUACCUCAGUUUCUAUGGAAACCCAAUUAUGGCAGCUAGCUAUGGUAAUGUAGCCGUAUUGUAGCCUAUUAUGAAAGUUUCCAUUUUUAUUUUACUCCAUUAAACUUUUUUUUAAAUAUUAUAUGGGAACAGUUUAUACUAUGGCUUUGACUGGGCAUGUUUUGUGAAUGAUGAGUCCAUAAUGUUCAAAAAGUUACUUGCUUCCAGUUAAUGGGCCAGUCAGUUGUUACCAGAGGUCCACAGUUGUUACUGUUGCAGUUUUUCUUCUGUUUAGCUUUCACUUGUGCCUCUUAAUUUAUUUGAUAUUCAAAUAUUCAUAUUGCACUGUUUUUGUACUUUCAUUAAAGUAAUAAAAUGCGCAAUAAACAUAUUUUCUCAGAA